AUGAUUCAAAUAAUAAUUUAGAAUAAAGAUGAAGGUACAAUAAAAGAUUUUUAGAUAUUGAGUUAUCUAAAUAUCAUAGAUUAUCUAAUGGUAAAUUUUAUUCAAAAAUAUAACAGUAAUAUAUUUAAAUUAUAGUAAUAAAAGAUAAGGAAAUUAAAAAUAGGAUUAGACAAAUCAAUAACUAUCAAUUUAAUAAAAAACAGAAAAGACUAUACACUGAAAUAUGAUAUAUAUAAAAAUACAGAUGAUUUGUUGUUUUAAGUAGGAGAAACUAUUGGUGACUUUGAAUCCACUUGUUAUUAUAAAGUGGAUAGAUAAAUGAAUAGAGAAAUGAUAUGAAUUUAAAUAUUUUAGAUUAAGCCUACUUAUAUUUUAACAUUGAAUAAUAGCAAAACCAGAAUAAAAGAUAUUAGGACUGAUCUAAUAAUAUUUUUAUAUCUGUUAUUGAAUUGAAUUCCAUAAAGAGACAAAAUGACCAUUGGAAAUAUUUCUAAGGAUUCAAUAUUCUAUGCUUCUCAAAGCAUUUAUUUUGUUUCAGAAGUAUUGCAAAAAUAAAAACUUGCUUAACAUAUUUUAGAUAAGUCCAAGCUCAACAUUUAAUAAGUUCCUAAUAAUUGAUACUACACAACAGUUUUGACUGGAGUUAAAAGAAUUAGAGUAUAUAAAGCCUGUCAUAAUAUGAACUAUGGCAAAAUACAAUGAAAAAUUUUUAAUAAAUCUAAUCUACAUAGAAUGCAAAUAUAGCUUUUACAAAAAAAUUGAAAGAAGCAAAUUAAAUAAAUUUCCAAUUAAAAUAUAUCCAUCAUAUUGAAUUUGAAAAUCGACCAAACGUGUAAGAAUAAAUUAAAAAGAAUACAAUCAUCCUUUGCCUUGUGGAUUUGGAUUUAAUAGAUUCAAUCUGA